GAAGAAGACGGACCAGAAGACAGGAUUAUCAGCAAAGGGUGCCUCCAAGCCGGCUGCGGGUCGCGCCAGUCCCCUCAUGGGCAAGAAAACCCAGGGCCUGCAACAGGAAUCUGGGUCACAGGCCGCGUCGACCUCCUUAUCAGGCAUCAGUGGUGUCAGUCAGUAUGAUGAUGGCGGCACACCCGGUGCCAGUUCGGAAGAUUUGGUGCUGGACAAUGGAAGCGACACUGGCACAGACGAUGUGGACAGUGGUGAGGGCAGCACCAGGACCAAACAGAUUAUAGAAACCUUACAGGGAAAGAUACAGAAAACUAAAGAGGCCAUCAAGAAGGAGCAGAACACAAAGGAAG